AUGGAAGCGGUGGCGUUAGCGGUGGCAGUAGCUGUGGCGGUGGUGGCGAAGGCGGUGCUGGCCUUGCUUGUGGGCAUUCAACGACGACUGGUUGUCUCUGGUCUCUCGAAUCGCUGCUGCUUCAGACGAUCUGCAACCACAGUCAGGCGUGCACGCUCUCUGGGUUGCGCCUUCACAUCGACUUUCCCCGCAGCCAUGCCCCCAGCCGCUGAGCAGCGUCCGCGCCAGGAGGGCGAGGACGACCAGGAGGAGGAAGGCGCGUGGGUGGACGGCGACUUGCUGCGCCAGGUGCUGGACGGCGGAACGCUAGUGCACUUGGACGUGCAGCGCGCCGUCGGCAAGGGCGAGAACUACCUCAGUGUGCUGUACAGAGCGCGCGUCGAGUACCAGCCGGCGGGCUCGGAAGAGACGCAGGUGAAACAUCUCAUCGUCAAAGGUCUUCCUGCGGGGGAGUUCAUGGCGACUUUCGUCGAAGAAGUCGGCUGUUUCAGACGAGAAGCUGAUAUUUACGACGAAGUGCUGCCACGGCUCUAUGCAUUUGCUGACGAACGUCUGGGAGGUAAAUCGUUCAAAAGGUUUUCUGCCCUCAGCCACAAAACGAGCCGACCUGACACCUUGGUCUUGGACGACCUGCGGCCCGAGGGCUUCGUCAUGGCCCCAAGAAGAGACCGCCUGGACUUCGCUCACUCCAAACUGGUUGUGCAGACUUUGGCUCGCUUGCACGCCUUAUCUCUCAGCUAUUGUGAGGAGCAUCCCGGUUACAUGUCGCAAUUUGACGACAGAAUGUAUAGUGAACUCAACAGAGAGAGACUACAGCAGUUCAUUCCCCCUCAGAUAAAAUGCAUUGCGGAGGAAAUCAGGGAAUGGAAGGGUUUCGCUGAGAUAGCCGACAAAUUAGAAGCAUUAAUACCAAAGAGUAUUGAUAAGCUAAUAGAGACAUGCAAGCAUGUUCAAGGAGGCAGGACAGUUUUAGUUCAUGGCGACAGUUGGGUAAAUAAUAUUCUUUUCAAAUACUCAGAUUCUGGAGAGCCCAUUGACUUACGAUUCGUCGACUACCAGUUAACGCGAGAGGCGUCUCCUGGUCAAGAUCUCAACUACUUUCUGUUCUCAAGUCCUCGAAAUGAUAUACGCGAGCGCCAUUUUGAUGAUCUUCUGCACGAGUACUGUGACGAGUUUAAGCGAUGCGCAAAAGACUUGCGUUAUAGUGGACCUCUCAUCACCUUUGAUGAAAUUCGCAAAGACAUAAACCGUACAUUAUAUUUUGGAUUCAUUUCCGUACUCACGACUAUGGCAGUUGUAUUAGCCGAUCCAGAAGAUUCCCCUGACUUGUCUAAGUUCACAGAGGAACAGGUGCAGAAAGGAGAAGGAAUGAAUAUUUUUGAGAAAGUGUACAAAAGUAAAAACUUUCAAGAGGCUUUUCAAAAUUUACUUCCUUUUUUCGAUGAACAGGGCGUUUUCGAAUAG